CUUUAGUCAGACUGCACCAUCAAGGAAAGUUACUGAACAUCACCUUAGAGGGGUUCAUAGGCACAGCCGUAGACUGGCUAAGAUACAGACAACAGAAAGAAGAUCUUACAAAACAAUUACAAGAGGUUAACAGUGAAAUAUACAAAGGUAAAUUGGGAGAGCUUCAUUACUGAGCCCAUUUUCUGAAGGUUUAAGGAAAUGUUCCCAGCGCAUUACUCGAUCCAUUGUGUUGUUCUGAUCCUGUCACUGCUUAUACCCUGUUACGCCAAUGUGAACAGAAGUUCAAAACCAACCCUUUUACGGCUUUCUGACCACCUGAUGGAAGGGUAUAAAAAAGGGGUGAGACCAGUGCUAGACUGGAGGCAGACAACUACUGUUUAUAUAGAUGUAAUGGUAUAUGCAAUUCUUGGAGUGGAUGAAAAGAACCAAGUGCUGACAACCUACAUUUGGUACAGACAGUUCUGGGUGGAUGAAUUUCUUACCUGGGAUCCUAAAAAAUUUGAAAAUGUCUCCCAAAUUUCUAUUCCUACAGAGAAGAUCUGGGUACCAGAUAUACUUAUAAAUGAGUUUGUGGAUGUUGGAAAAUCCCCAGAUAUCCCCUACGUUUAUGUCAAUCAUGAAGGAAGAGUACAAAACUACAAGCCUAUCCAAGUAGUGACAGCUUGCAGCCUUAAUAUCUACAACUUCCCUUUUGAUGUACAGAAUUGCUCCCUCACCUUUACAAGCUGGCUUCACACAAUACAGGACAUCAAUGUAUCACUAUGGAGAACACCAGAGGAGGUAAAAGAGGAUAAGAGUCUGUUUAUGAACAAUGGAGAGUGGGAACUUCUCAGUGUGUUGUCCCAGUACAGAAAAUUUGUGGAAAAUGAAGAUAGUUUUGCAGAGAUGAAAUUCCAUGUAGUCAUCAAAAGAAGACCCCUGUUUUAUGCUGUAAAUUUGCUUUUACCAAGCAUGUUUCUCAUGGUCAUGGAUAUUAUUGGAUUCUACCUGCCCCCAGACAGUGGGGAAAGGGUAUCAUUUAAGAUAACCCUACUUUUGGGUUACUCGGUCUUCCUCAUCAUUGUAUCAGAUACACUGCCUGCCACAGCCAUUGGAACACCAUUAAUAGGAGUAUAUUUUGUGGUCUGCAUGGCUUUGCUUGUAAUAAGCCUGACAGAGACUAUACUUAUAGUCCGCUUGGUUCAUAAGCAAGACCUCCAGACGCAUGUUCCCGAAUGGUUGAAAAGAUUGGUACUAGAGAAGAUAACAGCUUUACUCUGCAUUAGAGACAAAAAGAAGUUUGGUGCUGUUCGUGUCCACAGCUCAGAUAUUUCCCAUCAGAUGGAGAACAGCAGCACUGCAAAACUUGCUCAUUAUAGCACUGAAUAUCCUAAGGAUUAUGAAAGGUCAGUAGGAGUCCUUGUGCCCUCAAAAGAGAAUCCUUUGGUGGUUGAUAAUAUCCUCCAUGAAAUUGCAUCCAUCAGACAGUACCUAGAGAAGAGAGAUCAAUGUCGUGAUAUCGCCAAAGAGUGGUUGCAGGUUGGGUAUGUUCUUGAUAUUCUACUGUUCCGGAUAUAUCUAGUGGCAAUGUUGGCAUACACAGUAACCUUAGCAACCAUGUGGUCCUGCUGGCAACAGGCCUGAACCGUAACUGAUCAAUCAGCUGAGCGCUACCCAAAGAAAAUUCUCCAAUUAAUCUGCUAUUUUUCAAAGCCACCUCUAUGUUUCAGAGAUUGUGCUACACAACCUUUAGCAGAUACUCUGUAUGGAAUCAUCAGUAUCUGAGAGUUGGGUCUUCAAGAAGAAAUGUGUCUCCUUUGAUCAGUAACUAUAUAAACUCUUUGCAAAAUUUAUAUGAUAUGAUUGCAUUGGCAAAUUCAUACUGCAAAUAAGCAAUAUAAAAAGAUGGGCGUUUGAAAGACUCUACUAUCAAAAGUACAGAUUUUCCUUAAUAACUUGUAAUAAACAGUGGUUUCAAGAAUAUAAUCUUAGUACUGAAUAUGUAAAAUGUAUCUGUUGUAGAUGCAUUCAUAACCUAUUCAUGGCUAGAAAUAUUUAUGCAUGAUGAAUCCCCUUUAAAUAAUGCAACAAUAUAAAAAUAUUUUAAUGUGGCUGGGACUGUUUAUAAAUGUGAAUUGGGUAUUGGCAAAGUAAAACGAAUAAAAUAACAGUGUACUUAAGCAUAAGGUGAAUACGUUACAGAUAAUGCUAAAAUUCAAUGGUAAUUUUUUUGUUUUUGUGUGUUGGUAUUAUAUAACCAUAAAGGGCAGUGCACUGUGGCAUUACUAGGGUGGUCAGUUGGCCAGGGCACUAUCUGUCAGGAACUGGUAUUUUUUCCCUAUGUGUGGGUUUCCUUCAGGUUCUUUAGUUUCCACUCACACUCCAAAAACAUAUUGCAAGGUUUGUACAGCGAUAUAUCAAAUAUCAGCACAAUAUAAAAAAUAAUAUUAGCUUAAACCACAAAUCUGCUAUAUAGUUAGCUAUAAUUUGCACAAGACUUGGACUGUAACACUCUCCUGACCUGGAAAAACCGUGUACAUAUCUUUAAGGACUAGCCCUCAGUUCAGCUACCUCUAUGAGUGCUUCUCAUUAUAGAACUUUCUAAACAGGCUGUAUAAGAUCCCUUGUACAAUUCAGUCUAAGAUUUCAAUAAUUAAAAAUUGGUGUUUAUUUUUCAUGGGUAUAGACCUGUGACAAACGCCAGAUUUAGUUCCUAAAUGGUUAGAGUAUUUGCACUGCAUUACUCGUAUAUAUCAUAACAAAUAUAACAAUUGAAACACAGUUUUUUCAUACUGCACUCAAUCUUUUACAUAGGUGAAUUUCCUUUGAGUUCAAUUUAUUUAACUUAAUCUGUAUUAAGGUGGCAAAUAGAGCUAACCACUGAGCUGUGGGUGUCACUGGCAGUGGAAAAAACUCUCUGGCAGAUGUGCUGAAUAGCAACAAACAAUACAUUUUUGCCACGUGCCUUCACCACACAUGAACGAUCCAGUUCAAAAGGAAUCAGCUUUGUUAUUUAGGGCUCCUGGGACAAACUUUAGCCAUUUUGAAACGACUAUAAUCUCAUAAAUUGCUUAGAAAAUCUAUACCUUUUGAAGAGUGUGAAGUUUUGUAGCCAUGUUUGGAUAGAGAUAAAAUAAAAUAACUUAAAAUAACUCUGGAACUGUGUAACUUGAUCAAACACUUUUUUUUUCUUUUUCUGUGGAAUAAAAUAGUAAUGAUAUCACCUCAAAGAUUUCCUCAUCAGCAAUGCUUUGUAUAAUGCAUGUGAAUUCUGUAUAUUGUAAUUCAUGUAAACUGCUUAUACCUCAACAUAUACAGCUACAGUCAUUUUCAUCACCUUGUUGUACCUCAAAUCCCCUAGUGGAACACCAUGACUUUGGGUUGAAAAGGAAACUGAAUGGCUUAGAAAGAGCAUGUGCUGAGCCACAGUCACUCUUAAAUAAAGGUAAAAUGCUAUAUAUACAAAUAUAAUUGAUUUACAGGGAACCACAAGGCCUCAAUAAUUUGUCAGAAGGACCUCAUUUUCAACCUUUGCCACAUUAAAAUUCUUGUAUUUCCUUUAUGCAGUAAGUGUAUCAGUGAAGAUGAAUUAUCCAUGACAUCAGUUAUCUGAUCUAUAGUCAAUAUCCUUCUGGUGCCAAAACUGCUUGCUGAGCCUUUAAUCUUAGCAUUUAUCAAACUAUAAUGGUUUUCAACAGAACACAACCGGUAUGACAGGAACUGGCAACAGUGCCAAGAUUGGAACAAGGCAAGGUUUGGAAGCUUCCCCUUUGAAGUUUGUGAUUCAUUUGGUUUCAAACAAUUCUAAUUCAAACAAGGCAAGCUGUGAGGAAUUUACUGCAUGUUGGCAAUCACAAUGUGGCUAUUUAUAUAAUUAGUAAGCAACAUUUCCAUCUUACUUUAUUUACAGCUUUUAUCACUUACUCGUCUUAGCCUGCAAAAUAACAAACUAAACUGCCAAAAUAAAACUUUUUAUUGUGAA